AUGGUCUCCUCACCCCCCGUCUCGCGCCAGCGUCCCGGUUCCGCUUGUGAGGAGUGCCGUCGACGCAAGGUACGCUGUGACCGAGGACGACCGCAGUGUCAGGUCUGUUAUGAGACGGGCAUCGAAUGCAAGAUCAACACAGCACGACUGCCUCGGGGCCCACGAAAGGGCCAGUUAAGAACUCUACGGACCCGCAUCGCCGCCUUGGAACGCUGUCUGGCGGAACAAAACCUUUCAAUGCACAGCCAGAUCCCAACUCUGCUCGCCGGCACUCUGCUUGACGGGGACUCUGAGGAAGAUCAACUGCGCGAGAUGGCCGUUGUGUCUGAUCUGGGGGUGGAGCCCUUCACCGACGAGUCGGCCGCCGUCUCGCAAUCCCCCCCGGCGUCUGACUCGUCCCUGCGACAAGGUGGACUGGUAUCAGAGCUAAUGCGUGCUGAUUUAGACCAGCUAUACUUCGACCGGGUACACCCAUUCGCCCCCAUUCUCCAACGCUGGCGAUACCACGCGUGGGCAAAACAGCCACGUAAAUGUGACGAGCGCUUGUGCCUGCAGCACGCCAUGUGGACGGUCGCAGCGUCGCUCUCCGCGCAGUUCCAGUCGUUUCGUGACAUUCUUUACCAAGAGACACGACGCAUGCUGGACAUGCUGGAUCAGCAGAGUCCGCGUCCGGACGGACUAGGCCUGGGUAUGGAACAAGCCCAGGCGUGGGUGCUCAUUUCUCUCUACGAGUACAUGCACCUGUCGCCACAACAGGCGUGGAUGAGUGUAGGCCGCUGCUGUCGGUUGGUCUUGGGUAUGCGGCUGUACGAGAUUGACGACCCGACUAGUCCGAUUGCGCUGGCUCGCGAUGCGGAGUAUGUGCUGGUGGAUUGGACGGCGGUUGAGGAGCAGCGUCGGACGUUCUGGAUGGCGUAUUCGCUGGACCGGUUGAUUAGUUUUCACCACGGACUGCCGUUUACGCUUAGUGAGCAGCUGAUAUCGACUCGUCUUCCCUCGCCCGAGGAGGAGUUCCAAUCAGGCCAGCCGGUGCUUGCGCCGUAUUUGCCCGAAAUCAUGGCGCAGUCCAUGUCAACUUCCGCGGGUGGGAGUGUGGCCACUCUGUCCUCGUUUGGAGAGUGCAUCGUGCUGGCGACGAUCUGUGGACGGGCCUUGUCGCAUCGCCAAAAGGUCGCUGUCGAGCAACUCAGCGGGACUGGGCUGGCCGAUGGAUUCUGGACGCGCCAUCAGUGGCUGUAUGAGCGGUUGAGUGCACGCAUCCAAGCGCUCAGUGGUACAACCCAGGCCGACUCGAUGGGUGUCUUUGCCCGAUUAAUUGCGCAGACAAUGAUCCUUUUCUUACAUAACGUGCUUGAGUCGGUGGCUUGGAAGACGGGAGACCACCUGCUGGGGAUGAUUGAAUAUGAGCGGUUGUGCGUGCUGGCCGCGCACGAAGUAGUGGGAUUGAUGAAGUUGCAGGGACAAUUGGGGUAUUUCAAGGUCCAUCCGUUGACGCCCAUUCCGUUGUUGAUGUGUAGCGAGUUCUUCACAGCCCAUAGCUACCUCGAUGGGUCGUUCGAACUCUUAUUGCAAGAGGUAGUGGAGUGUCUGCAGGAUCUGGAUCGAGUCAAAAAUCCAGUGCACGUCCACAGUCCACUUAGCUAA